AUGUCGUAUGCGCGCGUGCAGGAGGUGACGGACCGGUCGCCGUCGGGGGAGGAGCACGCGAAGAUCGUGGAGAUGGAUGUCGGCGAGCCGGCAUGGCGCGGGCGGAGCAGCUGCUCGGCGGCGGUCACCGAGUCCAGGGAGCGGCGCCUCGCCGAGUACUACCACGGCGGCGGCGGGCAGUGCUCGCCCGCGGCGUUCUUCGGCGCCGAGCUCAGCCUGCCGCGCGUCUACAGCGGCCACUUUGAGGACGUGUUCGCGUUCGACCCCGCGGCCACGGCGCAGAGCAGCCCGUACGUGGCCCCCUACGACGCCACCGUCGCCGCGGCCGGCGACGGGUACGGCGUCGUCCCGAGCUACAUGGCCAACACGGAGUCGUCCCGCGUCAAGGCCCGGUCCCAAAGCGCACCAAGGCAGCGCACCGAUGCCGCGGCGCUAGAGCGGUAG